CUUAGUCGGCAGCCCCAUUGCCAUUUAAGACUAAAUAGCAAUGAUGUAUAUAAUUUAACAUAAGUAUCCAUAUUUUAUUAAUGCUUUUUAACGUUAGUUUGCACAAUUGUAUAAUAGUGCGACCACCUUUGAUGGAUGAGAUAUAAAAUGAUAAUUUUCUGUUAAAAGAAAAUAAAUAAUCACACAGCUAGCCUUAAGGUUUGAGAAUGAAUACGGUGGUAGUUAGUAUAAAAAUAUUCUAAAUUUAUCGGAUUUAUUGUUUGUUCCUCUCAUAUUUUUUGAAAAUGAAAAAUUUGAUCCAUUUUUAUAAUGUAUUUUUUUUUAUGGAAAAACUGCCAACGCCGCCGAGAUUUAAUGUGCAAAGUCUCCAAUUAUAGUACAAAGAAGAAAAUAAAUAUCCACACCACAGCUACAAACAUUUCAGUAACAUGGAGAAUCAAUUAAAGGAAAAGGAUGCCAUUCAACUGUCCCCUACAGAAAUAGCAGCUGACUCUGUUACUACUGUUGAACAGAGCUCUGACACUGGUGGUGAUGUUACGUACUCGGACACUGGUGCUACUGCUGCUGCUGCUGCUGAACAGAGCUCUGAGGGUGAUUCAGGAACUGGUGAUAAGAGCUCUGAUACUGGUGGUGCUGUUGCUGCUGCUGAACAGAGCUUUGAGGGUGGUGCCGUUGCUGACUUAGGAACUGCUGAAAAGAAUGCUGAUAUUGGUGGUGCUGUUGCUGACUCGGAUAUUGGUGUAAAUUAUUUCACCCUCCCCAACUCUGAAUUUUAUGACAAAAUAAUGGAGAAGAGAAAAAAAAGAAAGGUUCUUGCUGAAAAUCUACCCCUAUGUGGAAAUUCUGCUUUUGAACAAAUUACUAACGCUACUGGUGUAUCUGUACCUGUUGAUACAGAUGACCGCAUUAAUGGGUGGCACAAUUAGGCCCAAUAUUUUGAAGAAACUUUGUUACGAUAUUUAAAUUAAUAGUUUUGAUACAAGUAAAUUUAGAAUCUGAUUAAUUUUCACAACAGAACCAAUUUUACCCAUUACUGUUAUAAAAUUUCACAUUUCUAACUCGGAACUGAUAAUGAUACUGCAGAUGAUACUACUGCUGAAUACAGAGCAGGAAUUGGACUGGCAGGAAUUUGAACUGGUUCUAAUAAUACUGCUGCUGAAUAGAGCUCUAAUACUGGUGCUGUUGCUGACUCAGAUAUUGGUAGUG